CGCAUGCGCGUUACAGCGACUGUAGUAUUAUUAUUAUUACUGACCCGAGCAAUAUGUAAACUGCGCAUAGGGGGUGGCCUGUCAAGAAACAUUGGACUGCAAGCCCAUAGGUGGGUUAACAGAGAAAUGCAUAGCGGUGCAAAUAAACAAGGAUCAAAUCUGACUGACACCAAAUGCUCUGCCCUAAAGCUUCACUCGGCUUUCUUCUGAUUACUAUUCCAGUGCAGCUGGCCAGCAGUGUUGGAUAAUACCGGCCUGUGCGUUGUCUUCUGCACAGACUGUCGCGUUUCACGUCACUUUUCAUCGAAUUGUACUUAUGCACGUGGCUUUAGAAGUCUGCCUUAAUUGUCCGACUGAUGAAAGUAAAUAUGAGCGCCGCGGUUUAUGUUAUAUCCACGGUUAGCGGAUACGUGCUCACCUCGGCGUUACUGCUCAAGUGUCCGUCUCUGCUGCAUCGGCGAAAGAAAGAAGCCUUCCGGAGCAGACACAUCUCACACCGCGGCGGAGCUGGUGAGAACUUGGAGAACACGAUGGCAGCCUUCAGGCAUGCUGUUCAACUGGGCACUGACAUGUUGGAGCUGGACUGUCAUUUAACCAAGGAUGAGCAGGUCGUGGUGUUGCACGAUUCCAACCUGAAGCGGUCGACUGGAAUUAAUGCAUGCAUUUCAGAUGUGGCUUAUGCUGAUCUUCCACCUUACCUUUGUAAGCUUAGGGUGUCUUUCAAACGAGAGUGCUACUGUGAAGGAGGAGAUGACAAACGCAUCCCUCUGCUAAGAGACGUGUUUGAAGCUUUCCCAAACACCCCUGUAAACAUCGACAUCAAGGUCAACAAUGACACGCUCAUCAAGAAGGUGUCCGAGCUGGUUGUCCGAUACAACAGGGAGCAUCUGACCGUCUGGGGAAACUCCAGAAACGAAAUCGUAAAGAAAUGUUACACAGAGAACCCACAAAUCCCAGUCUUUUUCAGUUUGCCCAGAGUGCUGCUGUUACUCGGUCUUUUCUACACAGGCCUCCUGCCCUUCGUCCCGCUUAAGGAACAAUUCCUGGAGAUUCCCAUGCCUUCAAUCAUUUCCAAACUCAAAGACCCUGAGCGUCAGACACAGAGUCAGCGUUUUAUAACAUGGCUGGCAGACACACUCCUCAUGAGAAAAGCAUUAUUCGAUCAUCUGACGAGCAGAGGAAUACAGGUGUACGUCUGGGUGUUGAACGACGAGGAGGACUUUAAACGUGCCUUUGACCUUGGGGCUACAGGGAUUAUGACAGACUACCCCACCAAACUAAAGGAGUUUAUAGAGAAAAACAACUACACUUUUAAAUAAGACUUGUCGGCCAAAGUAACCAAUCAAUAUGCUUUUCCACUGACCUUUGGCUUCUAAAUCUGUCUUUUAAUUACCCAACAUCCUUUGCUGUUUAUGUCUUUAAGUGUAGAGAGGCAGCUAUCAGUUCUGCAUUCAUCUGAAAUCAGCGUCAGAGCCAUUUUAAACCAAACAGGUUGACAUGAAAUACUUCUGAUGCUUUAAGUUCAUAGCAAUAGAUGUUAUCCAUAAAAAAAAAGUGUUCAUAAGAGGUUGAGGUUAUGAUGAGUUAUCAAUCAUAUUGGGAUGGUGUCAUGAUCAUCAUGACAUUUCUUUUAAGUUUCUCUACAGGCACUUUCAAUGUAUUGUUAGUACAAUUUGAGGAUGUAAAUUGCACCGUUACUUGCUGUGCUUCAGUUUCUGCAAUAACAAUGAACUCACUAAAGAGUUUUGUCUGUCUACAUUUUGAGACCGAAGCUACUGAAGUUUUCCAGACCACUAAAAAUAAAUUCUAGUUUCAGGGGUGUACUAUGGGAUUGCUGAUCAGAGGGCAUUAGAUAUUUUCAUGUUCGCUCUGUGGUUUGAUUUGAUGUGUAUAUUUUGUUUUUGUGAAUUUGUUUCUGUUGACAAUAAGAGAUUUUGUCAAUUUUGAGAUAAGUUGUGGCUGAAAAGACGCCCCACUAUUGCUUGAAGUGUUAAGUGUAGUUUAAUAUAUGACCAGUCAGAAGUUUAGACACACCAACUUAAUCUUCAGUGUUACUAGGUCAGCAUUACUAUGUAUAGGAUGGUAAUUAUGUACCAUUAAAAACAUUUAAGAGAAAGCUUACAUUUGAGCUGCUUUUGUUAUCAUUGAGUAACAAUGUUAAGUGUGUCCGAGCUUUUGAAUGGUUAUGUAUAUUAUACACUGAUGAAAUAAGUUGUGUUGGAGUAUAACAAGGGUCACAAUACAGGGUAUUUUAUAGUGUUCAUGUGACAUUUGAAUGUACUUUUGCUAGGACAGGAAAAGCUUUUACCUUUAAAAAUGCUGGUGGUUUUGCUGUAUUGAAAGGGAAAGGGUAAACUAAUAUCUUCCACACUCUUUUAAGGAAACACAGGAUGCAUUCAAAACUGACAUGACAGUAACUGACUUCUAAACAGAAAUGAAUCUGAAGUCUUUUAGAUAAUUAAGCCUUUGUGGAGUUCAAAUGUUUCCCUCUUUUGUGAAGUGUAUACAGAUACAGUAACUCUUAGCUUCGUGUUGUGUUUAAGUUUCUGGUUCAUAUUUUCUCCAGGCCACUUUUAUUGGUGGUGUAUAAAUUAAUAUGUAAAUUAUAGUACUGUAAUUCAAAGAUUGGUUAUUAUAGAGAAUUUUUGGUAUCAAAAGCACAGUUCUGUUAGGAUUUGUGAAUACACUGCCAUUAAAUAUAUUUUAUAAAUUAA